AUGAGCUUCGUAACUCGCCGAGCGCUUUCGACGCUCAUCCCCCCUAAAGUUGCCUCUCCCAAGGCGAUUGGCGGCGCUCCCGACGCUCUCCGUAUGCAACGCGUCGUCAGCUUCUAUGAGAAACUCCCUCGAGGCGCAAGCUCCGAGGCCAAGGCCAAGGGUCUCCUUGGUCGAUAUCAGGCAAAGUACUUCGGCAAGAAGACUUCCGUCCAGCCUCUCUCUGUUGAGCUAAACUGCAACAUGUCUGUCGUUGUGGAACGGAGGACCAAUGCUGCAUCCGAGGCCAUUCACUACAUCGAACAGGACGGUCAAGCCCUCGAUGUCGCUAAUGACCAAACGAACGCAAACGGCAACUCGACCUCGAACGGCAAAGAAGUAAACAAUAAGCAUGUCAUCAGCAUCGAGGAGCAGCUAAACUCUGCUGAUGUCAGUAUUUCUGGUGGGUCGGAUACAGAAGCGUCUCGCCAGAGAGAUGGAGAAAAGAGCCAUGGGCGAUCAGUUUCAUCGGCUAAAAAACCUGCAACUUUCAAAGCUGUGUCGGUAAAUAAGACCUUCUUGGCAUCGAAGAGCAGCCCAAGCGGCGUCGCUUCCAAACCAGUGGACAAACCCGUGACAGGUUCAAGCACUCCGCCUCCGGGGUCGAGCUCACUGUCUUCGUCACGGCCACGUCUUAUCGCUAAAACUGGAACCGCUGCCAGAGAUUCGGCACCGCGGUUUUCUUCUACUGUUAAUGGCUCCAAGCCAGCUUCUACUCCCGACCCAAGCGCCGUUUGGAACAAGAACAGACCUCCUGAACCCAAGAAAUUCACCGAUGAAGAACUGAAAAAAUACGGUAUUCAUAUGGCUAGUCGCCUCAAUGAAGACGAUGCACAGGGGCCAAACAAGUGGGCAGAUAUUGACGACGACGACGAUGACUGGGCACCAGAAGCAAUUACCUGGGGUGAUGGAACCAAGACUACGUUGCCACAUCUGGAUGAGCCUCAAGCUUCAGUUCAAGACAGAAUUGCGGUUCCAGAACCUAGCAAGUCACAGAUGAAACCAAACUCGCCAGCGCCGACCAUGUCUUCAGGAUCGCCCAUGUCGAGACCUGGAGGUCUGGCUAUGGGAAGAGGGCUAGUAUUUAAGCCUGCGUCUCAAGAAAAGCCGGCGGUAACGUCAAAACCGCCUGUUUCGGCUACCCCUACUAAAUCGCCGUGGGCAACUUUGCCUCCAGUCGACAGAGCCUCGCCAGGAUUGCCAGAGCCAACGCCGUUACCUCAUAAGGAAGCGAGGGAUGCUAUGGUUUUUAAACCAUCCAGUCAGCUACCAAAAGAGAUUGCUGCUGAUGACUUCAACCGUUCAUCUUGGAGGGAAGGGUCUUCACAUGCCAACAGGGAAUUAUACAAUUCACAAUCUGGCCGCUAUGAACCAGUUUCUGACCGGCGGGGCUCAAUUAAAUCAGAGUCACAUAGCAAGUAUUCCGCUUUGCUGCAGAGGCCCCAGCCCUCAGAUCAAUCUAUGGAAUCACAUGGUCUACCGCCCACUAGUCGAAUGCCACAAGAGGCUCCAUUUACUAGACGUCGGGGAUCUUCUAGCGUCAGUACAGGAAGUGGACUGUUUCAACAAAAGACAGGGAAGAGCAGUGAUGCAAGUGUGCCCCUUGUACCGCCUGUGGACAUAAUGACCGCAAACAGAGCGACGUUCUCAACCUCUGCGGAAAUUCCCGUCUCCUCAAAUGGGCCAGGCUCUUCCAGUCCUCAUCUCCCCAAGGCACAGGCAUCACAAUCCCGAGGAACGACGUCCUCACCUCGCUCAACCUUCACGACGCCACAGCUCGGGGGGGAUCAUUCUGAUCCAAAGCCUAAUUUCCCCCAGCCCUCAAGUGACGAUAUUGUCGAUGAGGUGGAGUAUCAAAAACGGCUGAUGCGUGAGCGGAUCGAGCUUGCCAGAAAGCGACGACAGGAAGAAGAGGCGCGUGAAGAAGCUGCCAAGCGCGAACGCAUUCAGAAAAAAUUAGCAUCAUUAGGUCCUACGCCCGAAAAACGAAGCGGCAAGAGGGAGGUGUCCAUAAAAGCCGAUGUUACGAAACCCACCCAGAUUCAACAACGAGAACGACCAGUCUCAAAUGACAAGGAAAGUUCUCCAGGGGAAGAAGUAUCGCCGGUGAGCCCCAUAUCAACCGUCCCAACUCAAGCCAACGACCCGGUCGUCAAUUCUAAAGUUCAGUCUACGAAUUCCUCGCUCCCACCAGCAUCGAUUGGCUCCAGAAGACUCUCCCAUGGCCAUGAAUCACGGCGUAAUGAUCUUUGGGGCGGUCCAGGCGGUCGUACAGAUAAGUUUCCAUCCUGGGCUUCUGGAGCGCCGCCACCAUCGCGAAAUGUUUGGGGAUCCCCGGACAAUGACCGCGGUUUAGGAAACGGUACCUUCAAUCCAGAUCUUGGUAGGGUCACCAAUGCUGCCUCGGCAUCAUCGCAAUCGCCGAAGGGACCACUGCCAAUUGGACCACCGAGCAAUACCCCCAUGGCCCAUCCUCACAGUCAACCUCAAGUUUCCCAAGUGCCAUCAGUCAGCUCACAACCCUCCCGAUACGGUCCACCAGCGCCAGAUCUCGCCAGAAAAUGGGUCGCAUCUGUCGCAGAGAAUGAUAAGAAGUUGAGCGCUACCAGGCUGACGGAGAGAGCGGGUCGUGAGCGUCAGCUCAUGGAGAGGGGACUUAUACUGGCACAGCGGACGUGCAGUCUCAUCAAGCGGCGCCAUGGACAGCAACUCAAGGUGCGUCCCAAAAGAGCGCGGCAUCUUUAG